CAGUUUAAACUUAUUCAGCUAAUUAACAUUUGAAUACAACUCUGAUAGUGCCGCUUUACACAGCGAAACUUUUAUUUUGGAAAACUUUGUUAUUAUGGCUUUUUAACUUAAAAAAUGUCGUCAUACCAAGUCUUCAUACAACCCCAUGUAUUUCUUAUGGUAUGACGACCUUAGGGUUUCUAUAAGUCUUCAUACACUUACAACGUACAACGGCGAUUUGGCCUAGCCGCCGAUAUUUUUAGUGUCAGCCGCCGUUAAUGUUUGUCGACACAGUUCUUUGCACUAGUGUACAGCCAAACAUCUUGUAAAUUUUUCUCGGAAUUGUUGAAAUUAAUUUCUGUGAAGACGAUAAAACUAGUUUUGCUAUAAAAAUAAGAAAUGAAUAGUUGAAAAAGUUAUAAAACUGUUUGAAAAUAACAUAAAUAUGUCACAACUCAAAGAAACAACGAGGAAUAAACAAAAUUAACAAUUUUACCAAGAAAAAAGAAGGGGAUAUAUACUGAAAAAAAAAACAACGUAGACAAAGCACCCUCAUAAAAUACACUGAAAAGUUGUCUCUACGACGUAUAAAACAGAGAGAAAAAGCUGGCGCAGCAGCAGCACCACAGUUGGCAGAUACAAAAUAACAACGUACGAAAAAGAACGUAAAGCAAAUAAAAAGAAAGAAAAGUUAUUUGAAUUCUACUGUGUCUUUUUGGAAAAGAAGUAAAAAGUCUAAAGAAGUGUAUAGUGUGUGUUGUGUUGUUAAAAAGAACGAACGAACGUAGUAAAUAAAAGAAGAAAAAACAUUUAACGACCUAAAAAAGUUUUUUUGUGUUUAAACAGCAGAGAAACUAGCUCAUUACGAAUUCUAAACAUGGAUGAUACCAGUAUACAGGACAAGGAGCGCUAUGCCAGCCGCGAAAACCAUUGUGAGAUUGAGCGUAGAAGACGUAACAAAAUGACAGCUUAUAUUACUGAAUUAUCGGAUAUGGUACCCACUUGCAGUGCUUUGGCCAGGAAACCGGAUAAGCUAACCAUUUUGCGUAUGGCCGUCGCCCAUAUGAAGGCUCUGCGUGGUACUGGCAACACCAGCAGUGAUGGCACCUAUAAACCUUCAUUUCUAACUGAUCAGGAGUUAAAGCAUUUGAUUUUAGAGGCAGCAGAUGGUUUUCUAUUUGUAGUGUCGUGUGAUUCCGGACGUGUAAUCUACGUGUCCGACUCAGUGACACCAGUAUUGAAUUAUACCCAAAGUGAUUGGUAUGGCACUAGCCUGUAUGAUCAUAUACAUCCCGAUGAUCGUGAGAAAAUCAGAGAACAGUUGUCUACGCAAGAAUCGCAAAACUCUGGACGCAUUUUGGAUUUAAAGUCGGGCACGGUUAAAAAAGAGGGUCACCAGUCGUCGAUGCGCUUAAGUAUGGGCGCUCGUCGUGGUUUUAUUUGCCGUAUGCGUGUGGGUAAUGUCAAUCCCGAAUCAAUGGUGGCGGGACAUUUAAAUCGCUUGAAGCAGCGCAAUUCCCUGGGUCCUUCUAGGGAUGGCACAAACUUUGCUGUUGUCCACUGUACGGGCUAUAUAAAAAAUUGGCCACCUACUGAAAUGUUUCCCGGUGUACACAUGGAGAGACCAGAUGAUGACAUGCAUGGUUCCCACUGUUGUUUAGUGGCUAUAGGACGUUUACAGGUCACCUCUACAGCCUCAACAGAUAUUUCAAAUUCGAACAAUCAAUCAGAGUUUAUCACACGUCAUGCCGUCGAUGGCAAAUUCACCUUUGUCGAUCAACGUGUUAUGAAUAUUUUGGGCUAUACACCCCCAGAGCUGUUGGGUAAAAUAUGUUAUGAUUUCUUCCAUCCCGAAGAUCAGUCUCAUAUGAAGGAAAGUUUUGAACAAGUACUCAAACAAAAGGGACAAAUGUUCUCUUUAAUGUAUCGUGCCAGGGCCAAGUCUGGUGAAUAUAUUUGGUUGAGAACUCAGGCUUAUGCUUUUCUCAAUCCCUAUACCGAUGAAGUGGAAUAUAUUGUUUGCACAAAUAGCUCAAAUAAGUCUUCAUUACAUUCGGGAGGUGCCGGAGGAGCUCACGAUAACAACAAUCCCGAACAAGCGGAACAUGUUUAUGUAACACCCGGAGUGGAUUAUACUUUACAAGCUAGACGUGAUGUUACACCAUCGGCUGGAGGUCCUGAUCCGAAUAUGUAUGCUGCACAUAAUAUGCUGACAGCAGGUGGAGCUCCACCGCCACACUUGGGCCAGCCAAAUACACAGCAACCCCCUAAUGUACAAAGACCAGCUUCAACACAAAAUCCCAUACCUUACACUUACGACACUACACACUCACCUUUGGCUUAUAACACUGCUCCGGGAGGACCGUCUCCAAAUACAGCUCAUAUGGCUAAAAUACCCAAAGCCAAUACAUCACCCACACCCCAAACAAGCAAUUGGCCACUAAGACCACCGCCGCCGCAACAACAGCAGCAACCUGUUACUGAGGGAUAUCAGUAUCAGCAGUCUAGCCCGGCCAGAUCUCCCAAUGGCCCUACAUAUACCCAAUUAAGUGCAGGUAAUACACGUCAAGCGCCCACAUAUCAAACGGCGCCCACUAAUGCGGCUCCUGCGGCCAUGUGGGACUGGCAAAAUGCCCAACAUCCAGCCCAUGUCGCUCACCCCCAUCCUGCUGUUCAUCCUCACUCACAUCCCCAUGGUGCACAUCCGCAUGCCCAUGUCCCGGGCCAGGGACCACCGCAACAAGAGAUCAAUGACAUGUUGCAAAUGUUUGAUCAAAGUGCAGCUGGAACAUUUGAGGAUCUUAAUAUAAAUAUGUUUAAUACACAAUUUGAAUAAGAUGAAGCCUCUACAACAAAUAGUUAAAGUAAUGUAUUCAUAAUUGAGAAACGAACAAAAUAUUUAAUUACACAAAAAAUGGCAAAUAUAGAAUUUAAGAAUUUCAUUAAAUUUAGAUUUAAGUAAAAGCGAUAGAUGCACACAUCGUUUAUUCACAUUUGAAAACUACAUUAAUUGGAAUUGUAAGAUUUGCUUUUAGCUAUAAAGAGAAAAAAAACAAAACACAAGUUAUAAGUUUCAUUUAGAAAUUGUUGCUUUUUUACGUCUUCAAUGUAAACUUUGUAUUCGUAGCUAGAUUAAACAAAACAAUACACUUAUAUAAUACAUACAUACUACUUAUUAUUGUCUACAAAGGCAUACAUACAUUCAUAAUACAUUCACCAUUUUACGCUAUUUUCUUUUUUAACAAAAAUCCAACAAUUGUGUAAGUUAUUAAUCUGUAUACAUAAUUAUAUCUUAAAUAUAUCGAAGAUUUUGCAUUUUUUGACAAAAUUUCAAUAA